AUGUUCAAAAAGAUCCAUUCUAUAUUUCACCCUAACUCCCACCGAAGAAAUGUGACAGAUGACAUCCCUUACUGUGAUGGCGCAGGUUCUGCAGUGAGAUUGAUCCGCAGCACUUCUAUGUACGUCCUUGGAGGUGAGCAGGAAAAAGUUAGUGAACCACUAAAAAAAUGCAAAAGUACAACCAGCAUCGACUCUUGUUUCCAGCCAAAAGAGGAGGACAGAGACUGGAUGUACUCUAAGACUCAGGACUGCUUGAAGUACUUACAGGAUCUGUUAGCCUUGAGGAAAAAAUAUCUUGACAACAUCAAUAACUUGAAAUCGAUGCAUAUGGCUGCAGAUUCCCCAAUGUCCACAAAAUCAUCCAAAACUGGAAAGAAGUCAUUUCUUCCACUUCCUUCCAAAGAGUCUUCUAAGGCAUCCAUGGAGAGAAAAGGCCCACAGUCCAGUUCAGACGUAAGAGAAGCAAUAGCUUACUUCGACUCAAUUAUUGCGGACCUGGAUUCAGAGAGGUGGCGGAGAGUUCCUGAUGUGGAUCUGCCAAAUGUGGAUGUUGAUUUUGAUGUUGCUACCAGCACAAGUGAACACAGUUUGCAUUCAAACUGGAUCCUUCGUGCUCCCCGGAGAUACUCACAAGACACUGCCCAAUCAGCAAAGGCUGCAAACCAGUCUCAAAGAAACAGCCAGCGGAGAACCACUGGCUCUAGGAAGAGGUUGGAAAGACAUCCCAUGUACUUGCCCAAAGCUGUGGAAGGGGCAUAUAGCACUUUAAAAUUUAAGCCCAAAACACGUAAGAAAGAAUAUUGAAGGAAUAUUCCCUCUUCAGCUGAAGACAGGAUGUAUGAAAUAAGGAAUGUAAGACUUGCUUUUUUUUUUACCUCUGACCCAUCUGUCACACUCUGGAAAUGACAUGUGCAGUCACUGAAGGUUCUUUGUGUCGGACAUAUUUUGAGCCAUGGCUAUUCCAAUGUUGGACUCUUAACUCAUCGAGUUCAUUGUGCCUAACAAUACUGCUUUGUCAUUCAGCUUGGGGGGGAACUCCAACUUGACAAGCCUUUCUUCUAGUGCUGUUAUUGAAAGCAAUGAUUCAGAUAUUGCCUGGUGCAGUAAUUUUUCUUCUGACUCCAGCACUACAAAGUAAUUCGGGCUGUUCAGCUAAUACGGUGGAGCUCUUUGCACCAGUGCUUCAACUUGGGAGCAGUGAAACAGAAUUUUCUCCUUUUUUUGGUUGUGAAAAUUUGUGUGUGCCAUCACUGUCACUGUGAUCUGAGAGUAAACAGCAGCACUGAGGUACAAGCAGGCUGCGGUACAAGCACAUAAAGCCGCAAUGAAGGAAUCAGCAUUAGAAACCUCUGUUUUGAGGAAUUGCUCCAGUGUGUUUUGAAAAAACAAACUUAUCUUGUACUCUGCUUGCUAAUGGGAAUGGUUCUGUUCUGGGAUACAACAUCAAGGGACUCACUGAAUGCAAAAACGUAUCCAAUUUUUUUUAUAUGGUUAUACCGCCUGCUAGUUUUCAUCUAUUUUAACACCCAGUUGCCGAAUCUAGACAUCCCAGUGUACAUUAGGAAAGCUUAAUGUAUUGGAGUAGAACGCGUCAUGAAUGAAUUGGAGCAAAGGUUGUUCUCAAGGGCAGAAGGCAAUUAGCAGACAAAUCCACUGCAUCAGCAUUAGAUUAUACCUAGUAUUUGGAAUUCUGCUACUUCAUUGUUAAAGACUACAUAUUACAAAGAACAGAGCCUAGAAGCGCUCUUAGAGGUGAUAUGCUUUCCAGGUGAUACUUGGAAUGGCUAAGACCCAUACUCUGACUGUUUCCCACUUGCACAGCAACGUAAAAGUGCAUAGAAAGUGACAAGAAGCUAGCACCCUGUGGAAAUACUAGCCUAUGGCCCUUCAGAUAGGGCAAUAUAAUUUUGUGUCACAGCCAUCAGUCUGAGUCACAUCUCCCAGCUCAUGCUGUGUCUUAAGAAUUUGCGAAGAUGUUUGGGAUCAAGCCUUUGCUUUCUCUGAUUGUUUUCAUCUGGUGUUCCAUCAGUGGUUCACCGUGAUAGGUGGAUCACGGAAGCACCGGUAUAACCAGCUGGUGAUUCACUGGUGGUUUCUCGUUUCUGUGUUCAGUAGUUUUUGUGUCCACAGGCUUGGAUAAAUUUCCUAAGGCACUGGCCAUCAGUAUAACCCGUCUGAUAUAUCAUAACCUCCAUGAGCCUUGUGCCCACGACACAGAACAUUUGACGGGCGGCAAUUCUUGCUGAUUUGUGUUCCUAGUCUUUGGGACUGAGUUAUUCAACCACCAUUUAUGUCACGAGGUGGAAGUACCUCUCUCAGAUCUCACUGAUCCAGGACACUCUGUCAUGAGAUAGGAGAGUGCCAAAACCCCCAUAUGUUCCUCCAUUCAGAGCUGGCAUCUCCUGUUUGAUUAAAACAUUUUGUUUCUUUUUCUAGUGGUGUUCCUGAAGGGGAGGGAAGAAUUGUUUCUGUAGCACUUUAAUUCUGGAGGUGCUUUGCCACUCUUCGUCUCGGCUGUAUCCUCUUGAAAAUGACCAGUUUAACUGACAUCAUUGGUACAUCUUCCUGAAGAGUUUAAAUUAAGGUCUAGGUUUUGCUUCCCUGCUGUUGGUGCUUCUCACAAUUAAUCUGUAUUCUGUAUACAGACAGUGUUGCUGCCUUUGUACCUCCGCAGUCCUGUCCUGACUGGCCUGAACUGAACAUCCUAUCUUUAAAACUGCUCUGCCUUUGACUUAUCAUCAUUUAAGGCCAAAACCUGCACAUUUUUGGCAACUGUGUCACCUUGAAACCCCUCUCCAAGCAGAAUCUCACACUGAAGUUGCCGAGGAACAUUUUUCCUGAUUGUGUGGUCACCUUUUUACUACUAGAACCUGCAACAUGGAUGGAUGCUGGCAGAAAACCUCACCGUCUUUUUCAGUUACUAUACCAGAAUUAGGCUUGUGCAUAAUUAAAAUACUGAUGAAAGAAGAAGAAAAGAAUUCCAACGGUGUUCUACCCUGGGCUGUGCUUCACGUUCAUAGUGCCAAGGUUUUACUUAUUGGAGUAAUUGAGCUUUUUGCUGUUGUUUUGAGCAUGCACCGUGAUGUGCAGAACCAGACUGCUUCAGCAUGUUUGACCUUCCCUGUGACUUCUUGUCUGUCCUUGUAAAAUGGAGAUACCUCUGGUCAUCUGCUGUGACAGAGGGUAAGGGUCCCCCUGCUGUCCAGCACACAAACUCCAAUGUGAAAUAUGUGCUUGCUUUUAUGAGUAAGAGACAGAGGUUGGAAAAAAAGCUUUGUAA